ACAUAUCUAUAUAUAGGGAAAAAUAUAUUAAAAAAAUCUAUAUAUAGAGACGCUGGAGUAGAUGUAUUUGUUGGGAUGCGAACAAAACUGACGAUGUAUGAAGCAAUCAAAGGCAUUGAUGAUGAUGACCAUCAAUGGCGAGAGAAGAAAGACAUUGAGUCUGCUCUUCAGAUUUCUCGUUCCUCUUUUCCUCCCGACAAGGAACGAUUAGUUUCUCUUGAUGUCUUCCGUGGCCUUACCGUCGCCUUGAUGAUACUUGUGGAUGAUGUUGGAGGGAUUGUACCAGCUAUUAAUCAUUCACCUUGGGAUGGUCUUACACUGGCGGAUUUUGUCAUGCCUUUUUUCUUAUUUAUUGUUGGCGUCUCUCUUGCCUUUGCUUAUAAGAACUUGUCAUGCAGGUUCGCUGCAACAAGAAAAGCUUUGAUGCGAUCAUUGAAACUUCUCUUACUUGGUCUUUUUCUCCAAGGAGGAUUUAUUCAUGGUCUCAAUAACUUAACUUACGGAAUAGAUGUAGAUAAAAUUAGAUUCAUGGGCAUAUUACAGCGAAUAGCUAUAGCCUACUUAGUUGCUGCACUGUGCGAGAUUUGGUUAAAGGGAAGCCACAAUGUCAGCUCAGAGCUAUCUAUGAUCAAGAAAUAUAGAUUUCAUUGGGUGGUGGCAUUUGUUAUUACAACAAUAUAUUUGUCCUUGUUAUACGGCUUAUACGUGCCGGACUGGGAAUAUCAGAUUUCAAGUGAAGACCAAGGAUCAUCAACAUUCUUGAAUCUGAAAGUGAAAUGUGGGGUACGAGGACACACUGGACCAGGCUGCAAUGCAGUUGGAAUGAUUGACCGUAUGUUUCUAGGAAUCCAGCAUUUGUACAGGAAACCCGUAUAUGCACGAACCAUGCAAUGCAGUUUAAAUUCUCCAAACAAUGGGCCAUUACCUCCAGACGCUCCUUCUUGGUGUCAAGCGCCUUUUGACCCUGAAGGCCUCUUAAGUUCGUUGAUGGCCACCGUUACAUGCUUAGUGGGUCUGCACUACGGUCAUAUUAUCAUCCACUUCAAGGACCACAAAAAGCGUUUGAAUCAAUGGAUUUUACGUUCUUUUUGUCUUCUGAUGUUAGGUCUCGCACUGGACCUCUUUGGAAUGCAACUAAAUAAACCUCUAUACACACUGAGUUACAUGUGUGUCACCUCAGGCGCUUCUGGAUUUCUGUUAUCCGCGAUAUACCUAAUGGUUGACGUUUAUGGAUACAAACGAGCAAGUCUUGUCUUAGAGUGGAUGGGAGUACAUGCCUUACCGAUCUUUGUUCUUAUUGCUUGCAAUCUUGUCUUUCUAAUCAUUCAUGGAUUCUACUGGAAGAAGCCCAUUAACAAUCUCCUUCAUUUAAUCGGAAUCGGAAAAUAAAGAAGAGAAGACAAGGAAAGGGAGGUGACCAAACAUUGAGUUUCAUGAACCAAAAACUGAAAUGUUUUAUCAUAAAGAAACAAAUGCCAUAUUCAUCUUCACAUCGCACCUUGUUUCACUUUCACAUGUGCGAUCCAAUUUAUGCUAUUUUUAUAAAUGGAAUCUGAUCAUAUUUCACAUCCUUUUUUUACGUCUU